AUUUGACUUUUUUAAUAUAAAUUUUAUUUUGUUUUUAAUAACUUUCAAAUACUAUUAAUGGUGAUAUGUAUUCAGCAUAUACAUUAUUAUUAUUAUUAUUAUUUUAAAAUUGUAUAUGUAUAGUAUUACAUUUAUUUUCAUUAAAGCCGGCCACUAAAUUAUUUAAAUUAAAACUAUAAAAGUCUAUCUCAAUUGAAUUAAAUUAGGUCAUUUCUUCUCUUUUAUUCAAAAAUAUAUUUCAUAAAUAUCUUUUUAAAUGCAUAAUAUUUGCUUAGCUAGCACCAGCCUUGACGUUUAUUUAAAACUUAUUAUGUGCUUGAUCAAAAGAUGCAUUGAGCAUUCAUUGAAGCCUAUUCAAAGCUUGUUUGUGAUGAAGAUGAUUCGACCAAGGUACAAAAUGUUUUCACGACACACUAAAAGUAUAAAAGCAAAGAUUCCGUCACACUACUUUCUACAAAUUACAUUCAUCUGCAUGUUCCACGCAACAUGCUCUAUAAUUGUCUAUGUACAAGUUGUAUCACUAAUACAUGUGGGUGGAAGAAACUAUAGCCAUGUAUUGUGCUCUCUCUUUUAUUGUUCGCCACUAACCAUUAAAGUUAUUGGAUGCCAAUUGGUUCUAUUGGUGAAAAUUUCAAAGCAAGAUUUCAUUUUCCUACCACUAAACUUUGGAUGUUCUGUGCAAUAUGCGCAAGUUGAAGUAACUUUUUUGUUUUAUAAUAUUAUACAACUUUUAAAUUGCUUAAUUUUCUACAUUAUUGGAGGUCUAACGAAAGACCUCUGAAUUGACUUGGCUCAUGCUAACCACUCAGAACUCAUAUUAUUUCCACUUCUUUGAAUUAUCUUCAACACACAUUGAAGCUUCAUCGAUUCCUGAGCAAAGGUUUGGAAAUGGCAGGAACCAAUUCUUCAAUCAUCUCCAAUGUAUUAUCUUCGUUGAAAAGAUUAUCUCAUUUUAUGCUUCCUUCUUUUUCACUGGUCUCAUCCUCCUCAUCCAUACUAGGAAAAGAUGCAACAAUUGCUGAAGUAAAUUCAAUCCAUGAAAGAUUAAUGAUGGAUUUGAGCCGAUUAUCAAGGAUGCUGCAAAGAAUUCAGGCAUUGCUUCAUGACGCAGAAGAGAGAGAGGUCUGUGACAAGCAAAUCCAGCACUGGCUCUACGAGCUUAGAGAAGUUUCUUAUGAUGUCGAAGACAUCUUAGAUCAAUAUGAUUAUCAAGUAAUCGAAACACAAGUGGAAGAAAUGACAACAACAGUAGAAACAAAGACUUCUCUAAAGAUGAAACAAGAAGAUGAUAAUGAUGAUAUUUAUGGCUACCAGCCAUCCCUAUCUUCCAACAAUUCAAUAAAAAUUCCCAUUUCUUGCGAUAUGGCCAUGAGGAUCAUUGACAUCAUAAAGAAAUUUGAUGAGAUUGCAAAUGAUAGAAAAGCACUUGCUCUUACAACGGAGGAUGCACCCAGGAGACCCUGCUUAGAUGAUGUUCUGAAGAGGCCAUCGAGUAGUGCUCUUGUGGAUGACUCUAAUGUUUUUGGAAGGGAAGAUGAAAAGAGAAAGAUAAUUGAAUUAUUAAUGUCUCAUUCUGACAGGGAGAACUCCAUAAUUCCCAUUGUUGGCAUGGGGGGUGUUGGAAAGACGACACUGGCUCAACUUAUAUACAAUGAUCCCACGGUAUGCCAACAUUUCAGCCCAAAGAUAUGGGUCUAUGUCUCCGAAGAAUUUGAUGUUCUGAGAAUAACAAAAGAAAUUAUAACAUCUAUUGUGGGUUCGUCAAGAUACAAUGAUAAUAACAACUUGAAUGAUCUUCAAUGCAUUCUCAAGGAGGCUCUAUCGGAGAAAAGAUUUCUACUUAUUCUUGAUGACAUCUGGAAUGAGAAACCACAUAUGUGGGAAGCCUUACAAGCCCCCUUUUCUGGUAAUGAAAUUGGAAAGAUUAUCGUAACCACUCGUUCCAUGUCAGUUGCUUGUAUCAUGCAAACAGUUCCUCCAUUUGAGCUUGGAUGCUUGGAUGAAGAGAAAUCAUGGUUAUUGUUCCAAAGAUAUGCUUUUUGUGGUUGGGAACUUGAUCAACAACAAAAUUUUGAACAAAUUGGGAGAGGAAUUACUAAGAAAUGUGGUAGAUUGCCUUUGGCUUUAAAAGUGAUUGGAGGAUUUCUACGAUACGAAGUUAGGGAGCAGGUGUGGAUGGAUGUGUUAUGCAAUAAUCUGUGGGAGUUGGAGAGGGCCAAAGAUCUUAUUUUACCAGCGCUAAGGAUAAGCUACAAUCACUUACCAACGUAUCUUAAACCAUGCUUUCUUUAUGCAUCUUUGUUCCCAAAGGGUCACUAUUUUACACAAGUAGAAUUGACAAGAAUGUGGAUAGCGCAAGGUUACAUUCAACUUAUGGGAACAAAAAGAUUAUUGGAAGAUAUUGCAUUUGAAUUCUUUGAAGACUUGGUGAGAAGAUCUUUCUUUCAAUGCACAAAAUAUGAUAAGUUGUUCACUUUGCAUGAUAUGGUGCAUGAUUUAGCAAGAUCUAUAACUAGAAAUGAGACAUGUUCUUUGUUAAAUUUUGAUGAAAUGAAGAACAUCAAUGAAAAAGCAAAGCAUAUUUUUAUACAGCAUGUUAUGGUAGAUCGUGCUCUUUUGUUUGGGGCUAUAAGAACAUUUUAUAAUGUUGGACCAUUUCCUUAUUCUUCUUCCAUCAAGCUUUAUCCAUGUACAUUUAUUAAGGAGUCAUUAUCUAGUUUGGGAUGCUUGCGUGUUUUGGUAUUUGAUGCACCUGAAUUUGAAUGCAAUAUUCAAUUUACAGAUUUGAUAGGUAACUUGAGGCAGCUUCGUUACCUCUUUAUUCAUGCACGAACAAUCCAACUAGCAGAGUACUCAUUAUGCAGUCUUUAUAAGUUGCAAACACUACAACUCGGAUCAUUUUAUUUAAAUAUGCUACCUAGUGCAAUUGAAAAACUCAUCAACCUACGUCACCUGGUGAUACAUUGUCAUGAUAUAGAAAUGUUACCAAAAUCAAUCGGCCAACUUCAAAAUCUCUUAACUUUGAUUAUUGAUUUCUUUCAUAAGGAUGUCAUUUCUUAUGAUAUGGAGAACUUAAAAAGUCAUUUGAAUCUACCUCACUAUUACUCAAGAAGAGAUGGCCAACAUUCUUGCAUUGGAUGGCUGAAACCUUUGAUAAAUGUGCGAGGAAGUCUAAAUAUUUAUGGGCUUCAGAAUGUGGUUAGUCCUGAAGAUGCGAAGAGUGCAAAUUUGCAUAGCAAGCCUCACAUCAAGAGCUUAACACUAUCCUGGAGAAAUAAUAAGGUAGAUGAUGAAUGCAACAAGCGAGAAAAAGCUAUUCUUGAUAACCUCCAACCCCACACCAACCUUGAAGAGUUGACCAUACAUGGCUAUAGUGGUAACAACUUCCCAACUUGGUUUGGAAAUCCUCACUUUUCCAAUUUGGCGAAAGUAAGAUUGAUAGAUUUCAAUAACAACGAAGAAUGGAGGUUCUUCCCUCUAUCCGGUUUACCAUCUCUUAGAUCACUUGAAAUAACCAAUAUUGAGGGGAUAUGGAGAAUGGGGCAAGAUUUUUGGUAUCAUAAUGUCCCUUCUAAUGGUCAUGAGAAUUAUUCUACGGAUGUACAUGUGGACUUUCAUUCCUUUGAAUAUUUGAAAAAUAAAGGUAUGCAUGAAUGGAAAGAGUGGCCAACUGAGAAGAAUGGAUAUUUCUCAAGCCUUAAACAUUUACGUAUAUUUCACUGCCAAAAUCUUGAGCUAAUAUCAACCCUCCCAUCAAAUCUUGUGGAAUUUGAGGUGCAAUCCUGCGACGAACUUGAAUAUAUGGCUCUUCAUGAUAGCUUCGGACCUCUUUUAGGACUUCAGAAAGUGAUAAUAACUAAUUGUCGUCUUCUCAAAUCAGUGAAAGGCUUGAAUAAUCUUCUUGGUACUCUUAAAAAUUUAAAAUUAUGUCAUUGCUACCUGCUCCACCAUCAUCAAGAUGAAUGCAACCACCAUUCUCAUACAAGUCUUUCAUGUAAAAAAGAUAUGGCAUAUGUAAUUAACUGUCCAAUGAUGGAAGAGUGGUGCCAAUGGCAUGGUUUCACCUAUGGAGAUAAGGAUCAGCAUGGUCGCCUUUUGGAUUUAGUAGCACAUGUGGCCUUUGAAGAGCAAUUGGAAUGGGAUCCAUAACACUACAACUGUUGGGUAGCUCAGAUGAAUUGGUGAGGUCACAACAAGGGUUCCUUAGAUCCAUGAGGUUGAAGGAACGAGGAGAAAGCUCCAGAAGAGUAGAAAUGAAGACGGAGAAGAUGCUAAAUGU